GGCCCCCGGGGGCGCACAUGGACCCCGCCCGAAGCCGCCCGGGGCGCCGGGCGGCGGCGCGAGAGCUACUGCGAGGCGCGGCCGCGGCCGCGAAGGACCUUCGGGAAGAUCUGAGGGGCGCGGCGGGCCGACCCUGGAUCCCGAAGCAGGAGGCGCUGCGAGAGGAGGCGGCCGGGGGACACGAGAGCCUACUGCCAAAUGAGAGAAGCUUUCAGAAUGCUGCGAAAAGCAAUAAUUUGGAUCUUAUGGAGAAGCUGUUUGAAAAGAAGGUUAACAUUAAUGCUGUGAACAAUAUGAACCGCACAGCCCUGCAUUUUGCAGUGGGGGCGAAUCAUUUAUCGGCGGUGGAUUUCUUGCUUAAUCACAAGGCCAGAGUGGAUGUUGCUGAUAAGCACGGCUUGACAGUAAUUCACCUUGCAGCCUGGUCUGGAAGUCUUGAGAUCAUGCUCAUGCUGGUUAGAGCUGGAGCAGACCAGAGAGCCAAGAAUCAGGAUGGAAUGAAUGCCCUCCACUUUGCAGCUCAGAACAAUAAUGUACGCAUCGUAGAGUACCUCAUUCAAGAUCUACACUUGAAGGACCUGAACCAGCCUGAUGAGAAAGGAAGAAAACCAUUUCUUUGGGCAGCUGAGAGGGGCCACACUGAAAUGAUAGAAAAAUUUAUCUUCCUUAAUCUACAUACUUCAGAAAAAGACACGGAGGGAAAUACUGCCCUGCACCUUGCAGCAAAGCAUGGUCACAGUCCUGUGGUCCGGGUGCUGCUAACACAGUGGCAAGAAAUAAAUGAGAUCAACGAGAAUGGAGAAACACCAUUCUUUCUGGCUGUUAAAGGAGGUCAUGAAGAAUGCAGCAAAGUGCUACUGACAGCAGGAAGUGAUAUCAACGUUCCAGAUAAACUCAACACCAGUGCUUUGCAGAUAGCAACCCAGAACGGCCACACAUCCCUUGUGAGCUAUCUUCUCGGGGAGCAUGUUGACCUGCACCAGGAAGUGGAACCAAAGGAGUCCCCUCUUCAUUUAGCCGUUAUCAACAACCAUAUCACAAUUGUAAAGAGCUUACUAAGUGCACAGCAUGACACUGACAUCUUAAAUCAGAGGCAGCAGACUCCUUUGCACAUAGCUGCUGAUCUUGGCAAUGUGGAACUGGUGGACACCUUGCUGAAGGCAGGCUGUGACCUGAAGGUUGUCGAUAAGCAAGGGAACACUGCCCUGGCCGUGGCCUCCAGAAGCAACCACAGCCUUGUAGUGGACAUGAUCAUUAAAGCAGAGAGAUACUAUGCCUGGAAAGAGGAGCAUGGUGAGAACAUCAGGGACCCAUCAACCAGCUUUACUUUGACAUUCAAGCAAGAUCACAGCCUGGAGACCAGGCAUAUUCGCAGUAUCCUCUGGAACCUGGCUUACCAUCAGCUAAAGGCCAAUGAAUGGCAGAGGCUAGCCCGUUCCUGGAACUUUACAGAUGACCAGAUCAGAGCCAUCGAGCAGCAGUGGUCAGGAAAGGGAAGUUUCCGUGAACACGGCCACAGGGCUUUGCUCAUCUGGCUGCAUGGGACCCUGAUGACACAGUCCACUCCGGUCAAGCAUCUGUAUGAAGAGCUGGUACGCACAGGUUUCCCAGAACUAGCUGAAAAGAUCCGUCAAUUCAAAAAUGAAACUGAUGCAAGGUCCAAGAAAUGUGCAGUUUCAUAAAUGCCUAAAGAAAUUGUAUUUAAUUGGUUUUCCACUCAGCACUGCCCUUUACAUUCAGUUCUUUAAUGCCAUAAAGUCCUAGCAAUAGUAUUGAUUUUCCUUUCAGCUAUGAAGAUGGUGGUGACAGAUGAAAAAAUGGUAUUAAUACUUUACACCUACUGAGAUGAAAGGUCAAAGGUUUUUUUGAUUUUUUGCUUAAAGCAAAUUGUAUAUGAUUUUUGCAUUUCUACCAUUUGAUGCAACAUAUGUGUAGCAUAAUCUAAGUUUUGGUUCAUCCUGUUUUUUAAAAAAAAAACGAUGGUGGGAACAGCAUCCUGGCAUGGGGAAAAACCAAGGGAUUUAGAAUAGACAGACAUGGUUUUAAUAAUGGUUUUACUACUUAUUAACUGUGAGGCUUUGGGCAUACUAAUAUCCAAGUUCUCAAAUCUUCAGUUUCCUCCUCCAUAAAAUGGGAGGAGUGUCUCUCUGCCAUAGCACUGAUGAUGAAGGUUGAAUGCCUGUAAAAUCCCUAACCUCAGGCCCAGAGUAUUGAAAUCAUCCCCUGUGAGUUAUUUCUCUUCAGUAAGAGAAACUACCUUUGAAAAUUUGUAGUUACUGUUGGCUUUAAAUAACAUAUAUGUGUAAUAAUAGUGCUUAGAAAAGACCGGAAAUAUGUAUACCAAUGUAUUUUUUUAAAUCUCUUGGUGGUGUAGUACAGGUGAUUUAUUUUUUUUGUACUUUUUGGUACUUUCCAAUUUUUUUGGCCAUGAGCAUGCAUUAUUUUUAGAAUCUGAGAAAGUUUUGAAAUAAAUAUGAAAUUAAGUAUCAACUCAUAUCAGCUUAUAAGCACCCAUUCAUGAUAACUUAAGGAUUUCCAUUCUCAAACUCUGAUUCUAAUUCCCUAAGGUGCCAGAGAUAAAAUCAUGAGCAGUAUCAGUCCAGUUAUUCUAUCCUGAAUUGGCAGUUUUACAUCUUGGCCUCAUGUGGAUUGUAAAUGGCCCACUUACUUCUAUGAAUGUUUAAAACAAGUCAUAUGUUCACAGGAGUCCAAAAAGAUUUUAAGAAAACUAUUCGGUGAAAAGUCAUGUCUCCAUCUGUUCUUCAAUACGGCUGGUUUCCACUGACCAUGCAACUUACUCCCUUUCCAAAAUCUGGGUAACCUCUUUAUGCAAAAGUAAAUAAAGAGAAUACAUACUCUUAA